AUGGAAGAAUUCCUCAAGUUUGACCUGGAAUAUGACCAACCAGUGUGGUGGUGGUGGUCAGAUAAUGGGGGAGGAUCUUCCCUGAAAAUGCAGUACCCUCCAUCAGGGCCAAGUGGGUGGGGCCAGCUUGGUAAUCGUGUGACUUCUGGGCUAGUUGCAAAUGAUUCUGUUGAAACAUCAGCAUUCUUCCCAUUGAUUGGAAGAAAAGUGAGAACCAGAUGGCCUAAUGACAACAAUUUUUAUGAAGCAGUUAUAACAGAUCACAACCCCGUUGAGAUAUCACCAGAGGAUAUACAAUGGUGGAUCAGGUAUUCAAUUCAUGGAAUGAGUAGACCCGUUGGACGUGAUAAUGGUCCUGGUGGAGGUGGAGGUGCAGGGAGAGGUAGAGGGUUGCCCAAAAGUCAAGCAGUAGCAGCAUCAAGAAAAGAUUUUCCACGAUCACAGAAUGGCAUUGGAAAGAAGGGUCGAGACAAUAUUUAG